AUGAAUCAAGAAAAUAAACGUACAAAACUUGAUUAUGCUGCUCAAAAUGGUCGCCUUGAAGUAGUUAAAUAUUUACAUUCUAAAGGAUAUAAAGGAACAGAAAAAGCAAUUAAUUAUGCUGCAGGAAAUGGUUCUGAAUGGGCAAUUAAUUAUGCUGCAGGAAAUGAUGACCUUGAAGUAGUAAAAUAUUUACAUUCUAUAGGAUAUAAAGGAACAGAAAAAGCAAUUGAAUACGCUGCAAUAAAGGGUCACCUUGAAAUAGUUAAAUAUUUACAUGAAUUAGGGUAUAAAUGUGACAAAUGGUAUAAAGGUACUGAAUGGGCAAUUUAUUAUGCUGCAGAAAAUGGUCACCUUGAAGUAGUAAAGUAUUUAUAUGAAUUAGGGUAUGAUUGCUUUCAUGUUGCAAUUGAUUUUGCUGCAAUGAAUGGUCACCUUGAAGUAGUAAAAUAUUUAAUUAUGAAUUGUCACCUUGAAGAAGUAAAAUAUUUACAUGAAUUAAAUUUUCGCUUAUCCUACAUAAUUAUGCACUGGUUGCAAAGAAAACUUAUAUUUAAAACUGGAGAUAAAUGUAUUCCUGUUACACUUGGUACUCCAGAAAGAACUCGCAGAAAGAUCCCUUUUAAUGAGGUAGAAGCAUUUAGUGAAUACCUUAGAACUUGGCUAAUUCAAUCCAGGGGCGGAGGUCUAAUUCCAUAA